UCACUCAUUCAAGCCAUUUUCAACAAUUGUGCAAAAUGAACUCAUUCAGACAAAGGCACCAUCUACGGAAGAGAGAACCGCAACUUGGUCCGUUCGUGUUCAAUAUGGAWAUGCUGCAAAAUCAUGUUUUCUUCCAAUUGGUGCGAAAAAACUUGGUCUUGUGAAAUAGUAGUGUAAUGGAUUUGUUCGAAGCAUUUCGGUGUCUGGAGCUUGAGRCGGUGGCAUGUGUGAGCUAUAACGACUACACAGUKAAAGACGUCGAAAAAUGUUUUCGGCAGCAAGCUCUGAAACAUCACCCCGAUAAAGGUGGUGAUACCUCUUAUUUUCAGCUACUACAGCGUGCCAAAUGUAUUUUGCUAGAUCAUAUUUGCGUGAACGGUCGAAGGUCGUCGUUCAAACUAAAUGUUGGAAAUGAUACGAACUCGACAGCAGUGAGUACAUUAUUGUUCGAACACAAGCAUCGAACAUGCAUUCGCCASGUCUUCGUCCUUCGAGGAAAUACAGAGAACGURAUAGCGGCUACAGAUGAUGGUCUUAUYUGUAUAGAAUCUAAAAGGGASGCGAAUCAUUGCAUUUCGGGUGGUUUUGGAAAGAUGAUUCCAUUCGCUACGCAUCGCGAUAGUUGCUUCUUUCUAUGUUGUACGGCAUGCCAGUCAGCCUCAACAAAUAUUAUCUAUGCUGGUACGAAGGAUGGUUUCGUAUACCGGAAUGAUAUCUCGACAAGCCAAAUUGCAUCAUGGCAACAUCCGACUAGAAAAAGUAUUGUUUCUAUAUCCACGGUUCAAAAUUKGGUGGCGAUUGCGAUUGUGAAUGAAGGGGUGUGUGUACUAAAUUUCGAGAAUARCAUGGAUCGACCGACCAUCGUWUGGAAUACCCCUAUUGAUACUUGGAUGCACGUUGCUCGCCAAAAUAAGCCUUCCUGGAACAUCUCCCCCGAAACCAUACUUCUAGAGAGAGCCUCCAAUUCUAAUAGUUUGAAUUUAUGGAUYGGAGGGAGCGACAGCAACACCGGAAAACUUUUGAUGUGGGAACUUGAUAUAGAAAAGGAUCUAUUUGAACGAGAUCUUAUCGACUCAAUGCAUGAUGAUUUCUGUGAAUACAGCUUUGGUAGUAGCGAGGGGGACAGCGACAGUGAYGGCAAUGUAAGUGYGGAGAAUGCYCCUGCAAUCAACAUGUCGGUUGAAGAAGGACCGAUCUAUUCUCUGGCAAAACACGAUCGGACUGUUGCUGUUACUUCUGGACAUCAUGUCUUAGUUUGGGACUGCAGAGACAAAGCCGACUCUCRCGAUGAUCAGCUCUAUACAAAAAAUCUUACUAGGGUUCAGACAAUUGAUACCAAUAACCAAACUCUUUACACAGUKUGCAUGAAUGCAAGAUUUCUUGCAGCAGCGGGAUCUGGGGAAUCUAUAAUGGUUUGGGACAGAACUUUAUGGUCUCUACUGCAUUACCUUCCAUUGCAAAUGACUUCAAGUUGUUGCCUUGCAACCAACUGCAUAAUGACUCUGGACUGGUUUCAAGAUGAUUCUGGAAUGCUGGUGUCUGGGGGUUAUGAUGGUAUUGUAACACUUUGGACUUUGGCAAAUAGGCUCAAAUAAUAAUUAUUGUAAUGGCAAUCAUACUAGUAGUAAUAACCAGCAGCAAAAGUCCUUUGAGAACUAGUACUAUUACUGUGUAAAUCUACUUUCUUUUGGAGUAACCACUGUGGGUAUCUUGCUACUACUACUACUAGUACCCCAGUUCAUUAUGGUAUAGCACCAGAAGAAAGAAAGAAUUACAUUUAGUGCCACUAUGUAGUAAUUGAAAUAAUUGAAUACACCCUAG